AUGAUUUUACUGACUGGCGAUUUCCGCCAAACACUGCCAGUAAUUCUAAAGUCAACGGCUGCCGACGAAAUAAACGCUUGCCUCAAAUCAUCGAAUCUAUGGCGCUAUGUGAAGAAACUUCAACUGACAACAAACAUGAGAGUUACAUUGCCUAAUGAUACCUCUCCUGAAGAUUUCUCUGAGCAAUUACUGACUAUCGGUAAUGGUCGAGUACCUGUCGACGAAUCAAGCGAAUUGAUUUCAUUUCCUCAGAAUUUCUGUAACUUUGUCUCAUCGAAAGACGAACUUAUCAACAAAGUAUUCCCAAACAUCAUUACUAACUACAAAAAUAUUGAAUGGUUGAGUGAGCGAGCAAUUUUAGCGGCUACGAAUAAAGAUGUAGAUGCCCUAAACUACAUAAUUCAGAAUGAAUCUGGAAAAUCAAUAUUCAUUUACAUGUGGCAUGUUCACGGGUCGGAAGACUAUAUGCGUUGUUUGUUCUUGCGCCUGAUGAAAAACAAAAAAUUUCGUGUAUCACAGGGUGCUUAA